AUGAAGGUAUUUAUUUGUAUUAUAUUAUUUAUUUCUUUAACCUAUGCUGUUUCAUGUUUAGACAAUCAAUACGUGUCUAUUACUGGGGAGUGUCAGUAUUGUUCAAGUCAUUGUAGUUCAUGUUUUGAUGCUGAUUCAUGCCAAAGAUGUGAAUUUGGAUAUGAACUAAGAAAAGAUAAAUCAGGUAAUUUUAAUUGCAAUAAAUGUGGUUCUCAUUGUGCUUUAUGUUCAAUGGGUGUAUGUACUCAAUGUGAAGAUGAUUAUGCAAUUAAGGAUGGAGAAUGUGAAGAAGUAAUUGAUAAUUCCAAAACAGUUAUUUUAAUUCUUGGUAUUAUUGUUGCAGUGGUUGUUAUAGCCAUAGGAGCAGAUAUUAUGAUAUCGUUUAUUCUUAAAAAGACUAUUUGGGCACAAUCAGAUAAGAAAUAA